AUGGACAGGACAUUCUAUGCAUUGGAUUGGCCCUCUGUGUAUAUAACUAAAGACCUUCUAGCCAUGAGAAUCUGCCAGAUUAGCCAGAGAGACGAGUUCCUUGACUGGGCAGUGGCCCAGAACUAUGAUGCAAGAAAGAAGGCAGCUGAUAGGCACUAUCACCGCCAUGCUGCCAGGAUGAAGGAUGGCGACUACCAGCCUGGAGAGUUUGUCCUUGUCACAAAUGAAAGGAUUAAGCUGCAGCAUGACCAGAAGGGCCAGCCACGAUGGUUUGGACUGUAUAUGGUAGUCAAGAGGCUCUGCAGUGGUGCCUUUGUCUUGCAAGAACUAGAUGGGAUGGUCCUCAAAUGUCCAGUGGUGUGGAAACAAGUCAAGUUGUACCAUUUUAGAAAUAACAAAGAACCAAUAAUCCGAGAACCCAUUAAGCUUUCCAAAAGUUAUGAGGAACUAGACAAUGAGGCAAAUUACGUGUCCUAUGCCACUAAGUCCAGGCAGCCGACCCUGCCCAAGCCCUGGGAGCUCAAGGGCAAGAAGCUAGUUGAGUAUUGGGAAGAGAAAUACGAGCGCAUGUGUGCCAGGGCCGAGAAUCCAGACCUGAGGUUCCCUCCAAGCCAACAUGAAUGUGGACUCGGGAAGUUCAUUGAUGAGGACGCACAAUUCUGGGAUUUUUGCUACACCACUCAAGACAGGGAAGAUGGUGACCUGAAAUGGUUCAAGACCUUGCCUCCUGGCCACCCUGAUUUAUUUGAUUGGCUGCCCUGGGGCAGAAAGGGCUCUUACAUUCCUCAGAAUUCUUAUUCCACACAAAGCGAUCCCAAGCAUGAGUUAGAAGUUAAGUUAUUAUUGGGCAAGCCAACUAUUGAGGUUAUACACUCAAACAAAAGCCCCAUGGCCAUUACCACUCUCGCCACUGAGGCCAGUGGCCCAACUAAUGAUGAAACUCCCUUAAGAACUAUACAACAAGAGCUUGACCACUACCCCCUGUUUCCCUUCGAGUGCUCCAUGGCCUAUGGCAACUCUAACACACCACACACACAUCACAUUGGUAUUCCCCAUGAGGAAGAGGUUCAUCAUAUAGACCUCAAGAAGGCAGACACGCCUUCUGACAAUCUCCCAUCUGGCAGCAAGAGACAGAUAACCAUGGCACUAGUAGACAACAAGACAGCACCUAGAAGAACGGCAUUGCCAUCCCCUAGGUCAACUUCUGUGGCGCCACCCAUUCAGAAGGCUGCACCACCCACUGAUAGUUCCAUUGAACCAAGCAAGAUGCCUGUAGUCUUAGUACCACACACCCCUGAGCUUCCUCGAUGGAGGCAGAGGCCUGGAGAGUGGACUGCUGCACCCACUUUGCCAUCAGAACAAAGAGAUGUUCGUAAAUUUCUGUCAGAAGUCACUGCCAUCAAAGAGAAGGCUGAGGAGGAACCCAGGAAGCCACCCAUUCCAUACAAUCUAGUGCCCCAUCCUCCCCACCUCCCUUUCAUAGGAUCAGACGAAGACACUCAGGACCUUAUCAACCAAACCCUCAAAUGUCUCAAUGAGCUCACAGAUUCAAGUUUCCUCCUCAAAAGCGCUCACAAAGGACAGGCAGAUAUCUUAUUUAAUAAGCUUAGCAAUCUAGAGACCCUCACUCAGCAUAUUAAUGAGCGCACAGUGACUCUCAUGGAUGGGUUCAAGCAGACAUUGUAA